GGUCCUGGUUAAAGCAGAAACUGUUAAAACAGUUUUAUCGAUGUGAAGUCAUGUUCUAGGCUCAGAGAGGGAGUGGUAAGUGUGUGGCGGUUACUUAAUGUAUCCACACUUAUUGUACGCACUUGUUGUACUUAUUCAUAGUACUUAAUUGUGUAGCAUAUGCAGUAGCUGCUAUCACUGCUGUAUACAGGGAAUUGGUUAGCCUAGAGAUUGUUAGUACUUGCACUAGGUUCUGUGAACAUCUUUACUGCACCGACAGCGAUAUAUUGUUUCACCUUUUAUGACAAAUGUACUUAUUGUAACUAAGUCACUUUGUAUUAAAGCGUCUGCUAAAUGCCCUAAAUGUAAAUGUGUGGGGAUCACACUAAAUGUUCCGAUGGAAAGUGUCUUCUGAUGUCCGAGAUGAGAAACGUUAUUAUCAGAUAUGAGACUUAUUUUUAGUUUGAAGAGAAUCAUGUAGGGACAAUCUUCGAAAAGACAACAAGACAAAUAAUAUUCCUAAAACAGGAACAUAGACCAAUCUCCUGUGACAAACUUCUUCUGAGAGUGAAAGGUAUCAUGGUCAAUUCAAGCCAGUUUCCAUAUUUCAUACUGACUGCCUACCUUGACAUGGGCUAUCUAAAAUACUUAUAUUUUGUGAUUGUUUUGAUGCUGUACAUUGUGAUUGUGGUUGCGAAUGCUUUGCUCAUUGUAACUAUUUGCAUGAAGAGGAGCCUACAUGAGCCUAUGUAUGUGUUUCUGUGUAGCCUGUUGGUUAAUCAGCUGUAUGGUAGCACUGGUCUAUUUCCAUUCCUCCUGCUGCAGAUCACCUCAGACAGUCACACCAUAUCUAGAUCCAUGUGUUUCCUUCAGAUCUACUGCUUGUAUACGUAUGCAUCUGUGGAGUUUAGUAACCUGGCUGUGAUGUCCUAUGAUAGGUACCUUGCUAUCUGCUGUCCUCUGCAUUAUAAGGCUCGGCUGACCUCUAACAAGGUGGCUCUGUUGAUCGCUCUCAUAUGGCUGUACUCUCUUAUCAAGUUCAUAAUACCCCUUUAUCUGAAUCUUCGUUUAACGCUGUGUGGGAACGUCACAGAUCGGCUUUACUGUCAUAAUUACCACGUGGUCAAACUGGCAUGUUCUGUUACCACAGUUAACAAUAUCUACGGACUUUUUGCAACAUUUCUGACCGUUUUUGUUCCAUUGAUCCCCAUCCUCUUCUCCUACACCAAGAUCCUCAGGGUUUGUGUCGUUGGUUCUAAAGAGACCAGACAGAAAGCAGUCAGUACCUGCAGCCCCCACAUCGCCUCCCUGAUCAAUUUCUCUUUUGGGUGUUGUUUUGAAAUAUUUCAGAGUAGAUUCAAUAUGACCGGUGUUCCCAGGAUAAUACGUAUCGUUUUAUCGCUGUACUUUCUCACUAUCCAACCAAUCUUUAACCCUAUCAUUUAUGGGCUGAGGUUAUCUAAAAUAAGACAGAUGUGUAGAAAUCAGUUUUGCUGUCAGAAGUUAAAGUUAUAACUCUUUAAUAACUUCACAUAUAUUGAUAUGAAUAAUACUUAAUGUGAAUCCUGCAUAUCUGUGUAGGAUAGGUAAUUUUUUACUUUUAUUAUUUGCAACUAGUCGCACAUAACUUUAUUCAUGUGAUUUCCCCUUAAAAGGAAGUAGGUCAGAUUUAAGAGUUGAAAAGAGAAUGUGAUAGACAGGCAAGAUGAAUUCCUCUAGCCAAUCAGGAAAGAGAUGCCUUGAUCGGUCAAAAAUUUGCCAGGAUCAUUCUAAAAUCGUAAUGGUCUCAUGCAGAGGCCUAUGUGGUCUACUACGAACCAAUUUUCACACUUUCACCCACUAAGAGCUAAUGGACGGCAAUGGUUUUCCUUAAAUAGUCACCCUCAAAUUGAAGCUUUUGAAACUUAACUACAACAACU